UUGAAGAAAAAUCAGCAAGAGCUGUUAAAGACGCAAAAAUUUUCAUUUACAAAUCUACAUUUUAUGAUAGUAAAACGGGAAAAUAUAACGUACAAUAACUCAAAUAAGUUAAAUUUGCUUCAGGAAUACCGAGAGGCCACCUCUCAAGCACUGAAUGGAAUUUACGUCCUCCCUUCGCUCUCGAGCAAUGACGGUGAGUUUGAAGGCGUCAUAUUUGUGAAGAAAGGGUUCUGGGAAGGAAGUGUACUGAAAUUCUCUCUAAAACUCAACGACCAAAAUGAAGAGAGUGGUGCAUCGGAUACUCAAAACCCCAUGGAGGCCUAUUUUAUUUCUGGAGACAUCUUCCAUCCGCUGAUAGAUCCUUAUUCUGGAAAGGUUGAGCUGAUAGACAACUUGAAUAAACCUCAUCCAUCCGUUAUGUCCGAGAUCAUUCAUUCAAUUUAUAAUAUGUUCAAUCUUCCUCUAUGUCAAGUAAUAGGGGCUGCAAGACGUAUCCCUAACCAAGAAGCGGCAAAAACAUUCAACUAUGAUCCCGUCAUCUUCUCUAAGUUGGUAUUUUAUUAUACGAGCAUAGCGAGAGCUUAUUAUUACAACAUUCAAGAAUCAACUUGCUUUAAAAAGCUCUCUUAUUUCGUCAUUUAAGCUAUCUGAAAGGGAUUAACCUUUUCUGCAUCGAGCGAUGCAAAGCCACCGAAAUGAAAAUGUGGGAAUCGGGCAGCUGUUGCGAUAUGUUAGAGAUAAGAUUACCAAAUGUCACGUAAAUUUGGCUUUACCAUGGGAACAGAGUUCAAUUGUGCGCAAUUUACACAAAUGCCGCAACUAGCUAAUUUUUCAAUAAUGUUAGAUUGCGGUUAUGCAAAUUUAUUGUUAUGAAUACAAAUUGCUUUUUUUAAUGCCGAUAAUUGCGAGCAUAUAUGUUUGAAAUGUCAGAUACUUCAACGGUAUAAAUCAAACUUGUGAGCAAAUGGUUGAUGAACAACAUAGUCUGUAUCAACUGAAGUUUCGUGAGACAUGUUCUGAACUGACGAAUGAAGAUGGUCUACUCUCUUUGCCGCAGUUGGUUUCGAAAAUCAACGAUGAGAUUCUAUUUACCGAGACACGCAUUCGCGAAGAGGAUUUUAGGAGCUUGAUUCGAAUUUUUGGGGUACCGGUGCACCAAGAUCGCGCUUUGGCCGAAGAGUUGUUAGAGCACCUGAAUCAAAUCUUUAUUUCUCUAAAGGAAGAACAUUUACAAGCUGGGGAACAAAUAACUAUUUUUGAAUUUACUGCUCGAUUAAGGAAGCUUUUUGAUCAACUUGAUGUGAACUCGAACAACAAGAUUUAUGCAGACCAAAUAAAGUCGUUGAUAUCAUCUACUUCAAGUGUUUUCUCGAAAUUCCCCGUACAGAUGGCAAACAUCCCAUCUAUAGAUAUGGUUAUGAACCGACUAGACAAAGAAGGAAGAGGAUACAUUGAUUUUGAUAACUUUCUCGGUGGAAUCCUGAGCAGUUUUGGAAUACCAGUUGUGUCAUCCGUGCUGGAUGUCAAUGCGAGGCCAGACCAAGUUUCGACUGAGAGCGCGCCAGCUUCGAUUGGUCCUACUGAGGUUUCUCCUUUAACAGAUAAAGAGGUGAUAUGGCGUGAAUAUGAAAUUUCGCAUGUUUCUGAGAGCGACGAUAACAUUCGGAUACGUUUAUCAGACGAAAAGUUGCUAGAGUCCAAGAAAGUUAUGGCAGAACUUCGGAAUCAAAUCGAUCAAUUGGAUCAGACCUGCAGGAGACUCAAAGAUGAACUAUUUACGUCCGAAUCUCUUCGCGCUAUAACUUUAGAAAAACUUGAAGAGAAAGAAAGGCUGAUUAAAGAAUACAAAAAACAAUUAAAGAAGACGCGCGUGAAUGAACAGUCUCACACUCAAUUUGUAGAAGAAUUUGAGCGGCUAAGAAUUGCUUCUUCUGAGCUCGAGAAAAAGUACCAGGAGUUAGAAAAAGACAAGGAACUUUUAGAAGAAGAGAAAAUUGCUCUCCUCAAUGAAGUUCACGAAAAGCGAAUGCGAAAUAAUAUUUUAGAAGACCGCCAAGGUGCACUAGAGUCUAUCAAGAAGACCUCGGCUAAGUAUGAAAUGGAAAUAUCACAGUUGACUUCGGAACUAUCUGAACUAAAAGAGAAAAUCAAUAUUAUUAGUCAGGAGCAACAGGGAGCCGACGAAACUAUCGCUUCUAGUAGAAAGAGCAAUGCCUUGUUGAAAAGGCAAUUAGAUGAGUACGAUUAUCAGCUCAGGGAGGCACGGGACAAGAUAGCUUACUACGAAAACAUUGUACUUUUGAGCACCUCAAAAUCAAAAAAGAAUAGUUUGGCAGCCAUGCUAAAUCUACCUGUUCAAUCAUCAUUUUGUGAUGAUCGUUCUCCAAAUAUCCAUGACAGAAAUAGCGCUGAUAUACCCCGGCUAAAUUCCCCUGAGCCCCCUUUUCAGCGCACACUCGACCAAGUGUCAAACAAAUUUGAUCUCAGUGCUUCGAUGAGCCCUGCAUUACGAAGUAGCAAGGAGAAAAAAGGAGAGGUUCAAUCACAAUCAUAUCUUUCGAAAUCUGGUGUUGUAGAGGCGGAAUGCGAUAAGGAAGGCUUUUCUUCUUCGGAUGUUCAGAACACCGUUACCGCUUUAAAAGCAGAAAUUGAAGUCAAAGCAGAAGAAAUUUGUAAGCUAAGAAAUGAAAUCGAGGGCCUCAACAACCGGCUGAUCGCCUCCGAGGAGGCCAUUCGAAGAGCCAACAGCAUGGCAGCCAAAGCUACUGCAAUGAUUUUUCACGCACCGUUAGAGAUUCAAAGUAAAUUCUCGCAAUUAUCGGGAACUUCAUCUGUUACGAAUGCCAAGAUUAGCAUUCCUGAGCAGGAUGUGCUCAACCAUGUAGAUAUUAAAUUUGGUGAUUUGAACAAGGUUCUCAGUCAAUUAAAAGAGCAAAGAAGCAUACUUCAAAAAGAUAUCAGUGAGGGUAGUGUGGAAGAAAAGAAAGAUCUGGUUGACGGAAAAAAUAAUACAGAAUGUGGAUGCUUCUCUAGAGUAUGCCCUCUGAUGUGAUGUUAUUAUUUAUUAAUACAAAAGGCAAAGAUACUACUUAUAAAGCUGAAAA